UGCAAAACUGGCUUUGCAGAGACGCUGCCGCCAUUGCUUUCAUUUGCUGUACUCUGAUUGCUGCCGCAGGGAGCUGUGAGGGGGCCAUGGUGGAGCAGAGAAUUCACGACAUGAUCAUAGGUCAGUUUCUGAGGUGCUUGUGUGGGAUUCUGCAUUAAUAAGGUAAAAGCAUGGGUCAGAAGAGUUCUGCACUGUGCCUUAUUCUAUAUGAGGUUCAUAAAUUCUGUCCUGGAGAUCACCAGAGAAUUGCUGCUUACAUAUGGGAAAAAAGGUUCUCUUCCGAUGCAGCUUUAGGGAGCUGUGCGGGAGACUAUAAGCCAUGCCAUGGCUCUCUGACAAACCUAACCCUGAUGUUCCUAGGCCUUCAACAGAGGACAAUGACAGUACCCCUGUUAUUAAGAAAAUAUGUUAAAAUGCAGAAAUGAAGAUAAACGACAGAGAGUGUAUCCCUGUGUAGACUUCAUCACAGUUUUUAUGUCAGAGCAGAAGAAAGAAAAUAACUCAAGAUCAAGAAAAAACUAAAUGUGAUAGUGAAUAUACAACUGUCCAUUUCCAGCCUCCCUCUGAGGAUUCAAAUGAAAAAAAAAAUGGGCCCAGCUUGCUACAACACAGUAUUCAUUUCUUAGCCAUUAUGCCAGGAAAAGAGUAAAGGAGAGGAUGAGAGACAGUACUGAAAACUCUGAAUCUGAUGCUUCUGAUGAAGAACCACUACCUAGGACCGUUGGAAAAAGAACACACUCAAUGAAUGCAGUGACCUAUGAUGAUGUGCACAUCGACUUCACUUGGGAAGAGUGGACUUUGCUGGAUUCUUCCCAGAAAAAUCUCUACAAAGAUGUGAUGCUGGAGACCUACAGGAACCUCACUACUAUAGGGUACAGCUGGGAAGACCAUCAUAUAGAAGAACAUUGUAAAAGUUCUAGAAGACAUGAAAGGCAUGAAAGAAUUCAUAUUGGAGAGCAAUCUUCUGAACAGACUGAAUGUGUUAAAGCCUUUGCUCAUCACUGUACUCUUCACAGGCAUGAAAGAACAUAUACUGGAGUGAUGCCCUCUGAAUAUAAUCAGUGUGGUAAAGCCUUGGCAUAUCACAGUAAUCUUGAAAGGCAUAAAAAAGCACAAAUUGGAGAAAAACCAUAUGAAUGUGAUCAGUGUGGUAAAGGUUUUGCAUAUUAUAGUAAUCUUCAAAUUCACAAAAGAACACAUAAUGGAGAGAAAUCCUAUGCAUGUAAUCAGGGUGGUAAAGCCUUUGCAUUGCAAAGAAGACUUCAAAUAAAUAAGAGAACACAUGCUGGAGAGAAACCCUAUGAAUAUACAUGGUGUGGUAAAGACUUUUCACAACUCAGUGUUCUUCAAGUGCAUAAAAGAAUACAUACUGGAGAGAAACCCUAUAAAUGUAAUCAGUGUGGUAAGGACUUUUUAUGUCAAAGUCAUCUUCGAAUACAUAAAAGAACACAUACUGGAGAGAAGCCCUAUGAGUGUACUCAAUGUGGAAAUGCCUUUGCACUUCGAAGUAAUCUUCAAAGGCAUAUAAGAACACAUACUGGAGAGAAACCAUAUGAAUGUAAUCAGUGUGGUAAAGCCUUUGCAUAUCACAGUAAUCUUCAAAUGCACAAAAGAAUACAUACUGGAGAGAAACCCUAUGCAUGUAAUCAGUGUGGUAAAGCCUAUACACGUCAAAGUGAUCUUCAAAUGCACAAAACAACACAUACUGGAGAGAAACUCUAUGAAUGUAAUCAAUGUGGUAAAGGAUUUAAUUAUCACAGCAGUCUUAGAAUACAUAAAAGAACACAUACUGGAGAGAGACCCUAUGAAUGUAAUCGGUGUGGUAAAGGCUUUUCACAACUCAUUCAUCUUCAAGUGCAUGAAAGAACACAUUCUGGAGAGAAACCCUAUGAAUGUAAUCAGUGUGGUAAGGCCUUUGUAUGUCAAGGUCAUCUCCAAAUACAUAAAAGACUACAUACUGGAGAGAAGCCCUAUGAAUGUACUCAAUGUGGAAAAAACUUUGCACAUCAAAGUUAUCUUCAAAGGCAUACAAGAACACAUACUGGAGAGAAACCCUAUGCAUGUAAUCAGUGUGGUAAAGCCUUUGCCAGUUACAGUGGUCUUCAAAUGCACAAAAUAACACAUACUGGAAAGAAGCCCUAUGAAUGUAAUCAGUGCAGUAAAGUCUUUGUUCAUUACUCUUCUCUUCAAAGGCAUAAAAGAAUACAUACUUGAGAGAAACCCUGUGAAUGUAAUCAGUAUAGGCUUUGCAUAUUAUACUAAUCUCUGAGUACAUAAAAGAACAUAUACUUGAGCAAAACUCUAUGAAGGUAAUAAGUGUGGUAAUGCCUUGGCAUGUUUCAAUAGUCUACAAAAUCAUGAAUAAAAAUCAUACUGUAGAGAAAGCCUAUAAAUGUAGUCUGUGUGGUAAAAUUUUGCACUUUCUACAGGAAUAAAAACUUUGUGUGCAAUCAAUGUGUUAAAGCUUUUGUAUAUUACAAUAGUCUUUGAAUGCCUGAAAAAAUAUUGAGGACUUCUUAUUAUAAAGUAUUUGUUAAGAUCUUUAGCCAACACUCUUACAUUCAGUUUCACAAAAAUAUUUAUUCUGUAAAAAAUUUUGAAAGUGUCAACAAUCUGGUCAAACAUUAUGAUGUACAACUUUAUAUUGUUGUAACUUCAAAUUCAUGAGGAAAAUGAAUUUAUGAAUUUAUGAACCCCUAUGAAUUUCAAUGAUAAUUUAUUCCUUUUAGAUUUUAUACUUCUCUUCAAUUACAUGAAAUAACUGAUUCGGGUGUAAAACUUUAUGGAUUUGUAUUAGUGCCUUUUCUGUUUUUGUGAUAUAUUGCCUAGGUCAACUUAUAAAAAGAGUUUAAUUUGGCCCUUGGUUCCAGAGGGAUAAAAGAUCACCAUGAAAGUUCCAUGGCAACAGGUGUCAGACAUGGCAGCCUAAGCAGAAGCUAAGAACUUAUACCCUCCACCUGCAAGAUGAAGUAGAGAGUGAGAACUGGAAACAGUGUGCAGAUGUAAAUUCUCAAAGCUUUCCCCCAGUGAUAUAUUUCCUCCAGCAGGGCAGCAUUUCAUAAAUCUUCCCAAAUAAUAAUAGCAGCUGAAAAUGAUUGGUAUUUCUGACUUUAAUCCUACAUUCUUGCUUUCUGUCACAUGAACUAUUUAUAUAGAAGAAAAGCUCUGUAAAUAACCCUGUAGAUGUUUCAACAAAUGAGUUAUAGAAAUGAAUGCUUAAAAGAGGAAAACUUUCAUUUGUUAAAAACUGCUUAAAUUUCAAUUAUGUGAUUUCAGUGUA